AUGGGUGUGGGUUUAUCUGUUCUCAUAGGCCUAAAGGCCGCAGCUUUAUUCAUUUUCUUCGCAUAUCUCAGAACACUCGGCUUAGCUUUGCUAUCAGUCCCCGUUUUAUAUGCAUCCCUGAUUUCGUUCCUUGUUGCAAUCGCUUCACAUCCCUGCAUCAAUCUCCCUAUACUCAUCGGAAAGGGCUCAGAUGGCAAAAUACCCAUCUGGUCAUUGAUUUUGUUCAGUCCACAUUUGUAUUUCGUCCGAGCCUUUUCAGCUAUCAGGAGGUUCACCACUGGGGAUCCGCCGUAUACCGAAAUUUUCGAAGGAUUAUAUGUGGGUGGGUGGCCAUACUCGCCGGAAAAGUGCCCGCCCGGUAAACCUGCCAUUAUCGACUGCACUUGUGAGCUUCCCAGGAAGGAGGAGCUUUCUGGGCAUGCUUAUCUGUGCAUUCCCACUUGGGACACACGGUCGCCUCACCCGGCUGAGAUUGAAAGGGCUGUGAACUGGGCUUGUAGGAAGAGGGCUCAGAAGGUUCCGGUGUUUAUUCACUGUGCAUAUGGUCAUGGACGUAGUGUGGCUGUAAUGUGUGCACUGCUUGUGGCUCUUGGCUUGGCAGAAGAUUGGAAAAGUGCAGAGAAGAUAGUCAAAGAAAAACGGUCUUCCAUUCGUAUGAAUGCUCUUCACCGCAAAGCCUUGGAAGAAUGGGCAAAGGACCGAUUAUCCCAGCCAGCUAAACAGAACCGAGAUUCUGGACCCGCUUCACUCAUCUUUUCUAAUGAAUCGGGAAAAUCUCGAUAA